GUGUACGGACGCUUCUCUGAUAUAUUUGCAGCGGUUCACGAGGCUGCGCAGCAGCAGCAGCAACAAGAACAGCAGCAGCAACAAGAACAGCAGCAGCAACAAGAACAGCAGCAGCAACAAGAACAGCAGCAACAGCAGCAGCAGCAGCAAGCCUCGUCCGAUACUGAGGGAAAGAAACGCAGCGCUCCCAUUUCUCCUUGUGAAGCCCUCAGGAGGCCUCGUUUGCUGCUGGAGGGAGAGACAGAGCAGCAGCAAACGAAGCAAACAAACGGCUUCCUUAACGUUCUCCUCACUGAAGAUACGCAGCAGCAGCGGCAGCAGCAGAAGCAGCAGCAGCAGGGGCAGCAGCAGCAGAGGCAGCAGCAGCAGCAUAUCAAUGGCGAAGCGCCUCUCGCUCCUGCAGCGUCAGAAGCAGCAGCAGCAGCAGCAGCAACUUCACUUCCAGAAUCAGCAGCAGGAGCAGCAGUAGGAGCUGCAGCCGCAGCAGCUACAUCAGCAGCAGCAGCGGCAGCAGGACAAUGUGAUAUACGAGCUCAGCUUCGCGCUGCACGGUUGCAAAGGAGGCAGCAGAAGCAGCAGCAGAAGCAGCAGAAGCUGCAGCAGAAGCGAGAAGAGCAGCAGCAGCAGCAACAGCAGCGCAAACUGAGAAAUGAAGCAAAUGAAAAAACUUUUAUUCUUAAAGAUGCAAUUAAAAGAAAACUUGUGCUGCCUUUUUUGCUGUCCAAUGGCGUCCCCACCCUCAACACAACAGAAACAUCUGCUGCUGCUGCUGCUGCUGCAGCUGCAGCAGCAGCUGCUGCUGCUGAUGAUGAUACGGUUGACGGCGCUUUGUUGGGUUUGCUGCGGGGUUCUAACCCUUUUCUGCUGCUGAAUGCAAAGCUGAGGACAGUGCAGGCCCCUGUUGCUCCUGCUGCUGCUCCUGCUGCUCCUGCUGCUGCUGCUGCUGCUGCAGAGCAGCACGAAGAAGCAUUCUCAGCAGCAGAGGCACCACCGGCGCAGUUAAUGCAGGCAAUUUGGGAUGAAGAAAAUGGAAAAGAAACAAAAACAAUAUUCGCACACAUACAAUACUCAGGUCAGCAGCAGCAGCAGCAGCAGCAGCAGCAGAAGCAGCAGCAGCAGAAGCAGCAGCAGCAGCAGCAGUAUUAG